AUGUCCAUUGCCCAGGCGGCGGCCAAGGCCAUGCUAUCUGAUGCCCUGCUGCAGGACAGCCCUGGGUUAAACCGGAUCGGCCACCUGGAGCUGGAGCUUCCUCUGGACAAGGUCAUCAAGUUUGUGUCCGUCGGCCUUCCUCUGUUGCUGGUGACCAUGGCCUUCGCCCGGGAGAUCUCCCUGGGUCCUCAGAUCAGCUGUUUCCCUCCCAGCAAUUUCACCAUGAAGCAGGCCAGCUAUGUCGACACAUACUGCUGGGACUCUCUCAUGCACCACGAGUUUGACAGCAAUGGGAACUUUGAGGAGCGCUCACUCUGGGUACACAAAAUGUUCCCCUACUCUCUUCUGGCCAUGGCAGUGUUGAUGUACCUGCCGGCUCUCAUCUGGCGCCAGCUUGUCAUGCCCACGCUGGGCUCAGACCUGCUCUUCAUAAUUGACGAACUGGACAAGUCGUACAACCGCUCGAUCCGAAUGGCCCAGAGCAUUCUGGACAUGCGCCAGAACACCAGGAACCCCCUCACAUUUCAGGCCGAACUGCAAAGGGCCAAGAAGAAGCGAUACUUUGAGUACCCUCUUCUGGAAAGAUACAUGCAGUGCAAGCAGAACUCCUAUUUCCUUGUCAGCAUGCUUUUCCUGCGGGGCUUCCUCCUCCUGACCUUCAUGACAGCCGCCUGUCUCUACCUGGCCUACUUCCACCUGUCUGCCUUCCUGCAGGACGAGUUCAGCUGCUUUGUCCGCACGGGCAUGCUGCGUGAUCAGAACUGGGUUCCUGAACUGGUUCAGUGCAAAAUGAUUGGCCAGUUGGUUUUUCAGGUGAUAAGCGUGGCAAACGGUGCCAUCUACGUCCUGCUGGCGCCUAUCGUCCUCUUCAGCCUGAUCCGGCUCUUCAUCUGGGACACCACCUUCUUCUCCGUCUACGAGGUCCUCCCCGCCCUCGACCUCCUAAACCGCCGUAGACUCGGCUGCCCGUUGAACGACCUCAACGUCCUCCUGCUCUUUUUGCGCGCCAACGUAGCUCACCUGAUGUCCUAUGGGAAGGUGAGGGCCCUGUGCUCGCUGGCGCCACCACAGGUGGGCAACACCACCGCAGAGCAGGGAUUGAGCGCAAUGCUCAACCAAGAGGAGAUGGAAGAGCGUGAAGAGGCUGCGAUGGAGCUGGCAGAGGAGGUGGAGGAGGCCAAGGAGGAAGGGAAGCUCAACCUAGUGGACAUCAUGACUAUUCUGGGAGCGGCGCAAGGACGAGUUGUGAACUGUAGCGAGAAGAGGCCUCUGGUGGAGGAGAAUAUGAGUCUCGGUACCGUAACACUUAUCUACUCACUCAAACGCAUUCUGCUAGUGGCUAUUUUUGUCUUCAUAAUCUGGGAUGUACAGAAAAUUAUUAAGUGA